GAAAGGGUACCACUACCAAGCUGUAUCUUGGGAGUUGGCGCUGGACAUAGAGUACGCCCACAUCACAGGCACCCCGACCUCAGGAUGUUCAGCGGACCGCCGAAAAUUCUUCGACCUUCUCGAGUGCGAGAUCGGCAACAGGCUGAUGAAAGCGCUGGGCUGCCCAGACGGGGCCAUGCAUGCGCCCACCAUCUUCUAUGAGGACCUCCGAGCGAGGUGGAAGGUAGCGCGCGCAGUAG